AUGAUUUCCGGUUGGUUGGUUUCGGUGCUCGUAUUCGCGUCCGCAGCGACAGUUGUAAGUAGCUUUUCAGUUACAACUUCCAACGCAAAUGUGCAAGUCAAAGAAAAUGAAGGGGUUGAUUUGACAUGUUCCUAUUCUGCGGACUUUGGAUCAAGUGCCAGAGUAGAAUGGAAGUUUAAGGACGUUACAGGUUCACAGAAAUAUGUCUUUUAUGAUGGAAAACCCACAGCUCCAUAUGCCAAUCGCGUGAACGUGUUUGGGAGCAAUAUCAGAUUUAACAAAGUGACCCGGAGGGAUAACGGAGUGUACGACUGUGAGGUGUCUGGUGUCAAUAGUCAGUUUGGGGAGGCCCGGGUACAGCUUACAGUUCUUGUGCCUCCGUCGCCACCUCUGUGUAGGAUCCCUACCUCGGUGACGACUGGAAAUAAGGUCAUGCUGUACUGCCACGAUAAAGACGGCUCCCCUUCUCCCCAAUACAGGUGGUACCGAAAUGACAUCCUUUUGCCACCUGAGCCUAGCAAGAUUUCUGGCUUCCAGAAUAGUACAUAUAUGCUGAACUCUGCAAAUGGCAACCUGGAAUUUCCUUCUGUCAGAAAGACGGAUACAGCUCCGUAUUCCUGUGAAGCUUUCAACAGUGCUGGUCCCCCACAGCGCUGUAGAGCGGUUAAAAUGGAAGUCAGUGACCCGAAUACAGGAGGCAUUGUUGCUGGGGUAAUUGUGGCUCUUGUACUGCUUGUACUGCUCGGUCUGGGAAUUUGGUACGCUCACAAGAAAGGAUAUCUGCCCCGAAUGACUAAAAGCAAACCAAAAAAGGUGGUCUACCAGCCGCCUUCGGGGUACGGUGGUGAGGAUGAUGAUGCUGAGUUCAAGCAGAAGUCAUCGUUUGUUGUAUAG